GGGGGCGGCGGGGGCGGGGGCGGCGGCGGCUCGGGAGCCGGGGCGGCCGGCGGAGGAGGGGACGACCUCGGAGCGAACGACGAGCUGAUCCCCUUCCAGGAUGAGGGGGGCGAGGAGCAGGAGCCGAGCAGCGACAGCGCCUCGGCGCAGCGGGACCUGGACGAGGUCAAGUCGUCCCUGGUGAACGAGUCGGAGAACCAGAGCAGCAGCUCGGACUCCGAGGCGGAGAGGCGUCCGCAGCCCGCCCGGGACGCCUUCCAGAAGCCGCGGGACUACUUCGCCGAAGUGAGAAGGCCCCAGGACGGCGCCUACUUUAAGGGGCCUCCCUACCCCGGGUACCCCUUCCUGAUGAUCCCGGACCUGAGCAGCCCGUACCUCUCCAACGGACCCCUGUCGCCGGGCGGAGCGCGCACGUACCUGCAGAUGAAAUGGCCUCUACUCGAUGUCCCCACCAGUGCCACAGUCAAGGACACGAGGUCGCCAUCUCCAGCACACUUGUCUAACAAAGUUCCUGUUGUGCAGCACCCGCAUCACAUGCACCCGUUGACGCCCCUCAUCACCUACAGCAACGACCACUUCUCCCCGGGCUCCCCUCCCACACACCUCUCCCAGGAGAUUGAUCCAAAGACAGGAAUCCCCCGGCCACCUCACCCGUCUGAGCUUUCACCAUAUUACCCACUCUCUCCUGGAGCUGUUGGACAAAUCCCCCACCCCCUUGGCUGGCUUGUCCCACAGCAAGGGCAGCCCAUGUACCCCAUUCCUCCUGGCGGCUUCCGGAGCCCUUACCCUGCCCUGGCCAUGAACGCCUCCAUGUCCAGCCUGGUCUCCAGCCGCUUCUCCCCUCACAUGGUGGCUCCCGCCCACCCUGGCCUGCCCACCUCAGGGAUCCCCCACCCGGCCAUCGUCUCCCCCAUCGUCAAGCAGGAACCAGCACCCCCCAGCCUGAGCCCCGCGGUGAGCGCGAAAUCCCCAGUCACCGUGAAGAAGGAGGAGGAAAAGAAGCCCCACGUGAAGAAGCCUCUGAACGCCUUCAUGUUGUAUAUGAAGGAGAUGAGGGCCAAGGUGGUAGCCGAGUGCACCCUGAAGGAAAGCGCGGCCAUUAACCAAAUCCUGGGAAGAAAGUGGCACAACCUGUCUCGAGAAGAGCAGGCCAAGUACUACGAGCUGGCCCGCAAGGAGCGGCAGCUUCACUCCCAGCUCUACCCGACCUGGUCAGCCCGGGACAACUACGGAAAGAAAAAGAAGAGGAAGAGAGAAAAGCAGCUGUCACAGACACAGUCCCAGCAGCCAGUCCCCGAGGCAGAGGGUGCUCUGGCCUCCAAGAGCAAGAAGCCAUGCGUCCAGUACCUGCCCCCUGAGAAGCCCUGCGACAGCCCUGCCUCCUCCCAUGGCAGCAUGCUGGACUCUCCUGCCACACCCUCUGCGGCCCUGGCCUCACCUGCAGCCCCGGCCGCCACCCAUUCAGAGCAAGCCCAGCCCCUUUCCCUCACCACCAAGCCAGAGAGCCGGGCACAGCUGGCUCUCCACUCAGCCGCCUUCCUGUCCGCGAAGGCGGCAGCCAGCUCCCCGGGCCCGCUGGGCAGCCAGCCUCCCCUGCUGUCGCGGCCCCUCCCCCUGGGGUCUGUACCCACUGCUCUGCUGACCUCUCCCCCUGCCUUCCCAGCCACGCUCCAUGCCCACCAGGCCCUCCCCGUACUCCAGGCCCAGCCUCUUUCCUUGGUCACCAAGUCUGCCCACUAGGCUGCCCCCAAUCCAUGCAGGCUGUCGUGUGACUCAUCAAGUAGUAAUGAUUCAGAAGAAGAAAAAGAAAAAAAGAAACUUUAUUGGUCAAUAUUUGACCUCUGGACUGUUCUGUAAAGUAGCUGGUAACAACAGCACUUUACAUUUUGUAGAUGUAACCAGUAGCUGAAUUUUAGGCUUUUUUAAAAAAAACAAAACGACAAAAAAAUCUUUACAAGAAAGAGGACAGAAGAGUAGUGUGUUCUCCCUGUGUAUGCUUCAAUGGACGAGCCUGGGCAGAAGACACCUUCUCUACCUCUCUCUCCCACCCGUCUCCCCUCCCUCCCUGGUUCGUUGUCCAGCCCCAGCAGCCCCCAUUGGUCUUUGUGGUUGCCACAGCACAGAACCCCAGCCUGGUACUGCUUGACCUAGACCCACUCCUCCAGGUCUUCUGGGUCUCAGCCCAAAUUUUGGUCCAGCGGUAACCACCCUGGGUCCUUCCACCUUUGUCCUCUGCCCAGCGUAAGGCCCUGACCAUGCACGAAGACAUCUUGGCCUGAUUUGUCUCCACCAGCUUCCCCUCACCCUUCGGAAGGCCCUGGCUUCCAUCCCCAGCACUGCAAAACCCUGCCAGCUUCCAGCUCAGGGUGGGGAAAGAGGUCCUGUGAAUGGUCACUGCCCCCUCCCCCUACAUUGAAAGGGACUCAAGGUGCCUGCCACUCGCACGGUGACGUCUGUGUUCUUCCCCCUGCCAGUUGAGAUCUGCACCCCACAGCUCCAGAGUGGCAGUGGGGCGUGGCCCUGAGUUCUGGCUCUGCCACCUGGCUCCGUGCUAGCACAAUCUGCCAAAGUUCCAAGACCCUGUGCCCUCCCCCAUCACCUCACAUGCUUCUUCUGUGUGUACUUCAUCUUGUUUUUAUGGUUUUUGGAGCAAUUUUAACUCCCAGUUGUUUAUUUUCACAAAAGAAAAUAAAAUUGCAGUUGCAAGACCUUC